AAUGGCAGGAAGUUGGCUUGGAGUUCACUUUGGCAGUGGGACUGGAGUCAUUUAGUGAUUGUGCUGCAAACAGACACCAUGGCCGUCCUGGGACUGAUCCUUCUCAUCUUUAUUGGCAUGGACACUGCAGCUCUGUUCACUAAUCCUCAGAUAAGACUGAGCCCAACUUUUUUGGCAGAAGGAGAUGAAAUGACCAUAACCUGUGAUGCUAACCUCGGAGAUGGUACAGAGCUGCAAUUUGCCUUCUACAAAAAUGGGAUCAAUGUGCAGGGAUUUAGUGACUCCUGUAACUAUACAGUCCCAUCAGCUCAGCUAGAGGAGUCUGGGAAUUAUACCUGUGAAGUAAAAAAGAUAAGUCCGGUGUCACAUAUCCAGGUAGAAGAGUUGUUCUCCAUCCCAGAUAUAACAGUGAGCCCAGAUCAAGUGACAGAAGGAGAUCACAUGAACAUAACAUGUGACACAAAGCUCAGCCAACACAGAAAGACUACAGAGCUACAGUUUGUUUUCUACAGAAAUGGGCACAAUGUGCAGGGAUUCAGUUUAUCCAACCAAUAUGGAGUCCCCUCAGCUCAGCUGGAGGAUUCUGGGAAUUAUACCUGUGAGGUACAAACUCCAACCGGCACUUUGAGAAAGAGGAGCAGUGUAGCAAAUAUACAGAUACAGGAGUUGUUCUCCAUCCCAGAUAUAACAGUGAGCCCAGAUCAAGUGACAGAAGGAGAUCACAUGAACAUAACAUGUGACACAAAGCUCAGCCAACACAGAAAGACUACAGAGCUACAGUUUGUUUUCUACAGAAAUGGGCACAAUGUGCAGGGAUUCAAUUUAUCCAACCAAUAUGAGGUCCCCUCAGCUCAGCUGGAGGAUUCUGGGAAUUAUACCUGUGAGGUACAAACUCCAACCGGCACUUUGAGAAAGAGGAGCAGUGUAGCAAAUAUACAGAUACAGGGAGCUGCUCCUAAAGACAGAAAAAAUGCAACUGAUAUUUCGUCCCAAAUAAGUCGGACAAGGGAAGAUACAGAAGACAGACAAAUGGCAAAUGCUAUUUCAACCCAAAAGAAUGAGACAAUAGAAGAUCCAGAUCAGGAUGAAGCUUCACAAGACAGUAGGGUAAGGAAGAUAAGCAGCCAACCACCUUUCCAGCUUGGUGAAGACAGAAAAAUGGCAAAUGCUAUUUCAACCCAAAAGAAUGAGACAAUAGAAGAUCCAGAUCAGGAUGAAGCUUCACAAGACAGUAGGGUAAGGAAGAUAAGCAGCCAACCACCUUUCCAGCUUGGUGAGAGAAGUCAGAUGUACCUGGUACUAGGGAUCAUAGGGACAUUACUAGCCCUACUUAUUCUUGCUGUUGUCUUUGUUAUCAAGAACAAACAGAAAAGAGCUUCAUGGCUAAUCCAGCACCUGCAACUGCUUAAAACAGCUCGUAGCCGCAUUCCCAAAGUGAAUAUGUCUUCUGUACCCAUACUGAUAUCAUUUGUACCAGAGAAGCCCGCUUACACUGAAUUAUCUUCACCACAAGGGACAACAGAACACCUUAACCAAAAAAGACAUCAUCAGAACAACAACACCCAAUCUACUGGCACUGAAUUUUUUGGACAAGGGAUCUGAUCUAACAACAGAUGAAAUCUUCAAGGAACAUUUUCCAGAAAGUAAUUCCAUCCCAUUUUCCAAUGGUCAUUCAGUUGGCAAAUCACAAAUAUAAAUAACUAAUUUCUUCUUGUUUCUGUGGGGGCGGAGGCAGAAAUCAGUCUCAGGAGAAUCAGAUGGUUCAUCUGACUCUGAUUGUAUAUGAUUUCUUUAAACUGUCACUUUUGUAGGUGAGCUAAAAAAUAAUAAAAAGCAUAUUGUUUCGUU